AAAAUAUAAUGCACAAUGGUGAACUAGGUUCGAUUGGUUCGGUGCGUUCGGGCAUCGACGUAUGACCGUUCGCGAAUCGACCUCUGACCGUUCGCCACGAAUCGACCAUUGCCGAUGUCGACCUUUGCUACUCGUUCAACCCUACCUACCAUCUUCUUGGAUCGGUUUUUGGUUAUGUGCCGAUGCAGCAUGUAGAACUGUAGAAGUACUUAUUUACCUCAAACUUAUCUUCAUAAUAGUUGUCGCGGUCAUUUAAAUGAGUUAUCUUCUAUUGCUGCACAUUAUAAUGGAUCAUGAAUUCAAAGAGAGAACUGCGAAUGAGCGGCCAAAAGUAGAGGAUCUUUUUGAUUACGAGGGUUGUAAAAUCGGCCGUGGAACGUACGGUCAUGUGUAUAAAGCGAAACGGAAAGAUGUCUCUGAUGGAAAAGACUAUGCUUUAAAACGAAUGGAAGGUACCAGUUUAUCAAUGUCAGCAUGCAGAGAAAUAUCUUUACUCAGGGAACUCAAACAUCCAAAUGUCCUGAAUUUAAUUCGAGUAUUUUUAUCGCACAAUGAUAGGAAGGUUUGGCUUUUAGUGGAAUAUGCAGAACAUGAUUUAUGGCAUAUCAUAAAAUUUCAUCGAUCUGCAAAAGCUGCUAAAAAGCCUGUGCUAGUCCCAAAAGGCAUGGUCAAGAGUCUUUUGAACCAAAUUCUUGAUGGAAUUCACUAUCUACAUUCAAAUUGGGUUCUACAUAGAGAUCUUAAACCUGCCAAUAUUUUAGUAAUGGGUGAAGGGCCAGACAGAGGUCGAGUCAAAAUCGCUGAUAUGGGUUUUGCGCGGCUUUUCAAUUCCCCUUUAAAGCCCCUUGCAGACCUUGAUCCAGUCGUUGUGACCUUUUGGUACAGAGCUCCUGAACUUCUUCUAGGAGCGAGGCACUACACCAAAGCAAUCGAUAUUUGGGCAAUAGGAUGUAUUUUUGCAGAACUACUCACCUCUGAGCCUAUUUUCCAUUGUAGACAAGAGGAUAUAAAGACUAGUAAUCCAUACCACCAAGACCAACUUGAUAGGAUUUUUAAUGUGAUGGGUUUUCCUCAAGAAAAAGAUUGGGAAGACAUUAGGAAAAUGCCGGAACAUCCAACGUUGUUGAAACAUUUUAAGCAUACUAACUACAGUAAUUGUUCGCUUGUAAAGUACAUGGAUCGGCAUAAAAUUAAGCCAGAUAGCAAAGCUUUUCAGUUGUUACAAAAACUCCUUCUGAUGGAUCCAAAUAAGAGAAUAACUUCAGAGCAAGCUAUGCAGGAUCCUUACUUCCAAGAGGAGCCUUUACCGACUGCAGAUGCCUUUGCUGGCUGUGCUAUACCAUAUCCAAAGAGAGAGUUCCUCUCGGACGACGAACAAGAAGACAGUGCAGACAAAAGUCGUCAGAUGAGUAAGGUAAACAGUACUGUUUCAGAUCCAAAUAGCAUGUGUCAACAGCACUUAAAUAGUUCAAAACGUGUGCGAAUGGAUGGGCCUUCUGGACAUGGACCAUCUGUUGUAAACCACAUCAACAUGAUGCAGCAGGUCUCAAAUCCAAAUGAGUUUCAUCAGCCUCAUCCUCAGAUGAUUUUCACUUCAAGUGCCAACACCCAGCCGACCAAUUUUUUUCGCCGUUUCUAGCAUCUACAAUCGUUUUUCCAGUCAGAAGUCCUUCUUUUCGAGUUCUUUUCAAGUUAUUUUUCCAGCUGGCAGCCCUGUUUCAUGCUUCAUAGUCAUGCAUGGUACCCUUGGUUCCUUGAAACACUUGCAGCCCGGGUUUUUUGUUAUUCGCUCUUUAAGUUAUUUAUCUACUCAAUUCCAUGUUCAGUCAAAAGUACAUAUAGUUAUUUUGGUCAAGGAAUGUUGUAGCAAAUGGUUUAUCUCUCUCUUGCAACACCGUAAGGGUUGCAUAUUAUUUCCUAACUCUUGUUAGCCUCCAAGACUUUUUUUUCUGUAUGAUUCCUGACCACCAUCUGCUUAUCUGAAUACUUAACUCAGGGAUUUUUCCGCUUAUAAGUGUAUGCCAUGUAUUUUAUAGUUAAUCCCUAGUCUUAUCAACUUGGGUCAAAGUUCACCGAUUCUAAGAUAUUCACCACAAUACCGAUAUCAAAUACCCCGAUUUCUCUAAAAUCAAUGCUAUAAAUCAAUGCUUUUUUUAACUCAGUUUGUCCAUUACUGUUGAAAAAAUAUGUUGAUAGGAUUAGAGUUUAAUAAGAGGACGGAGAAAAGGGUAAGAAUGUUAUGACAAAUUAUAAAAGAAUUAUUAGUAAAACUUUUUGAAGUCAAGUGUGUCAAUGUGGAAGUGAUUCGUUUUUUUCACUCUGGUUUUCGGUUUAGGCCAAGACUUAUUUGGCUCAGAUGACUUAUCUUACAUUUAUAGUUUUGAUGCAUGUGUAUUAUUGGAACUCUAGCUCUGUGCUGUGAGGAUAUGUAAUGACCCUUUUAUCUGUAAAAUAUAUCAAGCAACGAAGCAAGUGCCACCAGAUAGUCUUAAAGUCCACUCAAAUUCGCCGAUAAACUUCAAUUUUAGUCUGGACUGGUGAAAAAGGAAUCAUCGAAAGUUCUUUGGUGUAAAAGUCAUCUAUUAUAUGCUAGGGCAGGAUGAAA